GUGUGUGUGUGUGUGUGUGUGUGUGUGUGUGUAAAGCUGCCUCCUCUCGUGUUGAUGACGACUGACGGUCUGACGGUGAACAAACGGGGAUCGUUAGAAAGAAAGAGAAACGGAACACGGCGAUACUUUUUUCUCUCUAACUAAAAAAAAGAAGAGGAAGGAGAGCAGUCACCGGUUCUCCCCCUCCUCCUCUUCUUCCUCCUCCUCCUCCUCCUCCUCCCCCCGGGUCCGAGCUCUUCCACCGGGUCGGUCCGAGAACGAUGAGCCAGCCUCGGCCGGACGAGUUCAAGCCUCCCCCGGAGUGCCCGGUCUUCGAGCCCAGCUGGGAAGAAUUCAGAGAUCCGUAUGCCUUCAUCAACAAGAUCCGUCCCAUCGCCGAGAAAACGGGCAUUUGCAAAGUGCGGCCGCCUCCGGGUUGGCAGCCGCCGUUUGCUUGUGAUGUUGACAAACUCCACUUUGUUCCUCGGAUCCAGAGGCUCAAUGAGCUGGAGGCACAGACCAGAGUCAAGCUCAACUUCUUGGACCAGAUUGCCAAAUUUUGGGAUUUGCAGGGAUGUGCCCUGAAGAUUCCCCAUGUGGAGCGGAAGAUAUUGGAUUUAUACAAACUCAAUAAGCUGGUAGCAGAUGAGGGUGGAUUUGACAUUGUCUGUCGGGACCGGCGAUGGACCAAGAUUGCACUACAAAUGGGCUUCGCCCCGGGCAAAGCUGUCGGCUCACACCUGCGAGGACAUUAUGAGAAAAUUCUUUAUCCCUACAAUCUGUUUCAGAGUGGCGCAAACCUGCUGGCACCAGAGGCAGCUUCCAAACUGAUGCGUUUGGAGGCUGAUCCUGAACUUGAAAAGUGUGUUCAGAAGCCAGUCCAGCCAUUGGAGCUUCCAGGAAGCAUUGAGAGCCAUGACACCAAGGAGCACAAGCUGCAGGAACAGGCUCAGAAGCAGCUGGCCCAGAUGCCGGACAUGUGCCCCACUGCUCGCAGAGCCAAACGCAUGAAGUGUGAGGCUUUCUGUGUGAAGACUGAACCAGGUGAGCCGGGUGAGAGCAAGCCAAACCUGAGGCGGAGGAUGGGUUCUUUUGUCGCCAAGCAAGAACCAGAAAAAGAGAUUCCCAUUCCAGUGAAACAGGAACCAGUUGAAAGUAAGGAGCCGAUAAUUGAAGCUGACAAAUCCAAGUCACGGUACAAGAAAUUCAUCCCUCCCGUUCCUCCGAGUCCACAACAAGGAAAAACGGCUCCAGGGAUUUCAACAGAUACGAUCAAAUACAAGGUGGAUCUGGUUGUGUGUCUGGUGUGUGGCAGUGGGGGAGAAGAAGACCGUCUGUUGCUGUGUGACGGCUGUGACGACAGCUACCACACCUUCUGCCUGAUCCCUCCUCUGCACGAUGUCCCCAAAGGAGACUGGAGGUGCCCCAAGUGUCUGGCUCAGGAAUGCAACAAACCUCACGAGGCAUUCGGCUUUGAACAAGCGUACAGAGACUAUUCCCUGCGUGCAUUUGGUCAAAUGGCUGAUGCAUUCAAAUCUGAUUACUUCAACAUGCCAGUUCACAUGGUACCCACAGAGCUGGUGGAGAAAGAGUUCUGGCGUUUGGUGGGAGCCAUCGAGGAGGACGUCACCGUAGAAUAUGGAGCGGAUAUUGCCUCAAAGGAGUUUGGGAGCGGAUUCCCUAUUCCGAAUGGGAAAUUUAAGGUUUCCCCAGCUGAUGAGAAAUACCUCAAGUGUGGCUGGAACCUGAACAACCUGGCGAUGAUGAACCCGUCUGUACUGACUCAUGUGACAGCUGACAUCUGUGGGAUGACGCUGCCGUGGCUUUAUGUUGGCAUGUGCUUCUCCUCCUUCUGCUGGCACAUCGAGGAUCAUUGGAGCUACUCCAUCAACUACCUGCACUGGGGGGAACCCAAAACCUGGUACGGAGCUCCUGGAUUUGCUGCAGAACAGCUGGAGGAGGUGAUGAGGAAACUGGCCCCGGAGCUGUUUGAGUCUCAGCCUGACCUGCUGCACCAGUUGGUCACCAUCAUGAACCCCAACACCCUGAUGGCCCACGGAGUCCCAAUUUACAGGACAAACCAGUGCGCUGGCGAGUUUGUCAUCACGUUUCCCAGAGCCUACCACAGCGGCUUCAAUCAGGGCUUCAACUUCGCUGAGGCGGUCAACUUCUGCACUGUGGACUGGAUGCCUCUCGGCAGGCAGUGCAUUGACCACUAUCGUAUGCUGCACCGGUAUAAUGUGUUCUCCCACGAUGAGAUGGUGUGCAACAUGGCCUCGAAAGCAGACACACUCGAUGUGGUCCUGGCAUCAGCUGUCCACAAGGACAUGGUCACCAUGAUUCGAGAAGAGCAGAAAUUGAGAGAUAAAGUGAAGAAAAUGGGGGUGUUUCACUGCAAAGAGGCAAAAUAUGAUCACCUCCAGGAUGACGAGCGACAGUGUGCCAAGUGCAGGACCACCUGCUACCUGUCUGCUGUCACCUGUUCCUGUAACUCAGGAGCCCUGGUCUGUCUGUACCACAUCAACGACCUCUGCUCCUGCUCCGUCACCAACUACACACUGAAUUACAGAUACACACUGGACGACCUCUAUCCCAUGAUGAGUGCUGUAAAGCAGCGAGCUGAACUGUAUGAUGAUUGGGCCUCCCUCGUGACUGAGACUCUAGAGGCUAAACUGGAAAAGAAGAAAGGCCUCCCAGUGUUUCGCUCUCUUCUUGCUGAAUCUGAGUCUAGGCGGUUCCCUGACAAUGACCUGCUGCGUCGGCUACGUCUGGUCACACAAGAUGCGGAGAAGUGCGCCUCGGUGGCACAGCAGCUAUUAAAUGGCAAAAGGCAGACUAGGUAUCGGUGUGGUAAUGGGAAAUCAUGCAGCCAGCUGACUGUGGAGGAGCUGAGCUCAUUUGUGAGGCAGCUUUAUAACCUCUCCUGCAGUCUCCCUCAGGCCCCCAUGUUGAAGGAGCUCUUGAAUCGCAUCGAAGACUUCCAGCAGCACAGCGAGAAGGUCCUGGCAGAUGAAGUUCCCAGCGUUGCUGAGAUCCAGAGCCUAUUAGACGUCAGCUUUGACUUUGACGUGGAGCUGCCUGAGCUGCCACGCCUGAGAGUGAGGCUGGAACAGGCACGCUGGCUGGAGGGGGUACAGCAGGCCAGCACUCAGCCUGCCUCCCUCACUCUGGAGACCAUGAGGAGGCUCAUCGACCAGGGAGUCGGCCUGGCACCUCAUCCGUCCGUGGAGAAAGCCAUGGCACGCCUGCAGGAGCUGCUCACUGUGUCCGAGCACUGGGAGGACAAGGCGAGCAGUCUCCUUAAAGCCAGACCCCCACACUCCAUAGAGACUCUUAGUGCUGCUGCUGAGAAGGCAUCUGGCAUCCCUGCUUACCUCCCAAGCUGUCUUCUCCUGAAGGACACCAUCAGAAAAGCCCGCGAGUGGCUUCAAGAAGCAGAGGAGCUUCAGGCCAGUGACGGCGAACCGAUGAUGGACAGCCUCUCGGACAUGGUGCUGCGAGGACAAGCCAUCCAAGUCCACCUGGAGCCUUUGGACAGGCUGGAGUCUUUAAUGGUAGAAGUGCAAGAAUGGAAGGAAUCUGCAGCUACAACUUUCCUUCAGAAAGACUCAACUCUCACUUUACUGGAGGUCCUGUGUCCAAGAUGUGAAGUUGGAAAUGUGGGUUCUCCAAAGAGGAAGCCCAAGAAAGGGAAAGAAUCGCCUAAAAAUAACAAAAAGAAAACACCAAGGCUCAACACUCUCAGUGACGUGGAAAAAGCGCUUUCAGAGACCAAGGAUUCUACCUCUGCAAUGGCAACUCUGGAGGAGCUCCGGGUGAGGGAGAUGGAGGCUUUCUCUAAUCUCAGGGCAGCAAAUGAGUCAAAGCUCCUUCCCACAGCAGACUGCAUGGAUCUGAGGGUGUGUGUUUGUCAGAAGGCGCCCAUGGGUGCGAUGCUACAGUGUGAACUCUGCAGGGAUGCCUUCCACAGUGUGUGUGUCAGAGACCCGUCAGACUCCUGCGAAACACAGCUGUGGCUCUGCCCGCAGUGCCAGCGUUCAGAAAAGCCCCCCUUGAACAAAGUCCUGUCUCUGCUCGCAUCUCUGCGGCACAUAGGAGUGCGCCUGCCGGAGGGCGAUGCACUGCACUAUCUGGUUGAGAGGACAGUUAACUGGCAGAACCGAGCGCAGCAGAUUUCACAGUCUUGUAACCUACCAGAACUGGAAGAGAGACCAGGAACUCCUCCCACCUUAACGAGCUGGGUAUCCGGCAGCCACGAUGCUCACAACAACACUCAGGCUCCUUGUUUGACUCCAGAGUGGAAUAGGACAAGCCAUGCUCAGACUGUCUUCUACACCGAGCAGAGAUGCAUCCCACUGCAGGGCUUGAGUCGGGAUCUAGAGGAGCUGAUGGUGGAGGGGCUCCUGCUGCAGGUGUCUCUGCCAGAGGUCCAGAGCCUCUUCCACAUUUUAUUGGACAGAGCCAGCAGCCAGCACACAAACAGAUGCAUGUCGCCAACACAGGAUGAGUCCACAGACUGUGACCAACACAUGCAGUUUAACUCUCAGGGAAACAAUCUGCCUCUGAAUCAGGAUGGCGCCAACGGUGUGAGGGAAACGAUGACUGGCUCAGAAAAGAAAUCAAAGCGGCACCUGGAGAGGGAAGGCUCAGACGCAGAGCGCAGGGUGAAGGACAAAAAGCACUCUCACAAAAGACAGAAGAUGAAUAAAAAGAACCUGCAGCGCAGGCCGACCUCAACCUCGACCUCGUCCUCGCCGCGGUCUGAUUUCUCUCAGUCCGAUGACUCUGAUGAGGAAAUGGCUGUGUGUCCGGCAGAGAGGUGUCAGCUGCCAGAAGGAGAUGAGGUGGAUUGGGUCCAGUGUGACGGCAGCUGUAACCAGUGGUUCCACCAGGUCUGCGUCGGUGUUACGGCCGAGAUGGCGGAGAAGGAGGACUACAUUUGUGUCAGUUGUACACUGAACGAUGGACACAUGAGGAAAUGAAGAGAGGGAUUUUUCUGAAGGAUGGUCGUCUGUCCGUUUAAUGGAGCCACCAGUCUGGAUGUGUCACUGAUCCUGUCCCUCCCCCCUUCCUCUCCCCUCCCUCACCCCCGUCCCGUCUGUCCGACCCUUUUGUAACAACGGUGCUAUCUCCUCUUUGACUUGUUGUCCAGAACUAUAAUGUUUAGUUAUUUUUUUGUAUUUUUACAUAUAUAUAUAUUAUAUAUAUUUCUUUCUUAUGAAUUGUUUGUGGUUGUCUAAAUGAAAAAAACAAACAAACAAACAAAAAAAAAAACACAGGAUGUGAAGUGUGCUGCAUGGGAUUCCAUUACAUCGACGCAAAGGAGUCUUACAACAUGGUGCACCCGGUGAAAAGAGGGUUAAUCGAGGGUUAAUAUUAUGUUCUCUGGAACCUCCUUGCAUGUUAAACCAGAGCUAAGGGGACAGACGUUUUCAUCCACUAUCCCCUGAAAAAAAUGACUUUGUUUCUUUGAAAAUCCAGUGUUUAGUACAUGCAUCUUAAUAUAAUUAUUCCCUUCUUUUUUUUUUUUUUUUUUUGUAGAAUAGGUUUAUUUAUCUGAGCAAUAAUUUUUGUCUGAAUUGACUUAAAUGGCUUGAUCUCA